AUUCAAGUGUAAUUACAUGCGAUGUUUGUAUACACAUAUAUAUAGAGAUAUAUAUGUGUGUUUACAUCUACGUGUGCGUAAAAAGUAUCAGUUGGAGUUUUAUCUCAAAAAUGGAGACACUCAGAUGACUGUUAUGUUAAUAAAAAAAGUGUUUCCUAAUAUUUUUUAUGAUUAUUUAAAUUCGUAGUUAUGAUAAAUAUUUUAUUUAAUUACAUAUAUAAUUAUUGUACAUAAUUUAUUGUAAAUAUGUCAAUUGAAUCAGUUUCAAUGAGGUUAGAAGAUGAAACGACACCUUUAUUACAGCAGCCAAAAAAAAUGGGGAUUUCUAAUCUUAAAUUGUCGAUCAUCUUCGGGGUUGCUUGUGUUGCUAUUUGUUCUGGGAUAACUGCUGCCCUCCUAUGGAAUUCCAUUUUUUAUAAAAUACUUUUUAAAGAGCUUGUCCUAUCUCCAACAUCACAAAGCUACACCAUGUGGGAAAAAACACCUAUUCCGAUGUACUUAGAAAUUUAUCUAUUUAAUUGGACGAACCCUAAAGACUUUUCAUUACAAUCUAAAUACAAACCUCAUUUCAAUGAAAUGGGUCCUUAUGUCUUCAGUGAAGUAGACUAUAAAGUAAACCAAGUGUGGAAUGAAAAUGACACGAUAACAUUUCAACAAAAACGUGUAUGGCAUUUUAUAGCAUCCAAAUCAAAAGGAACGUUAAGUGAUAAAGUGACAAAUAUUAAUCCAGUAGCAGCCUCAAUAGGAUACAAAUUAAGAUUCAAAGGAUUAUUUGCACUACUUGUAGUUAAUAGUGUCCUGAAAAUUCUUAACGAAACACAGACAAUUACUAAGACAGUACGUGAAUUAUUGUUUGAUGGCUAUCAUGAUGAAUUGCUCGAGUUAGUUAACAAAUUAAAUGUAACUAAAGAUUUACCACUUUCUAAAUUCGGUUGGUUUUACAACCGGAACAAUUCAGAAACUUAUGAUGGAACCUUCAACAUGCUGACGGGAUCAUCAGGUUUGUGGAACACGGGAAUACUUCAGGAGUGGAAUUACAGCAAUAAAUCAAAGACAUUUAAGCACGAAUGUGGCUCAAUAAAUGGCACACUAGGUGACAUAUGGCCGACGAACGCUGAGAAUAAGUCGGUUAAUAUUUUCGCGCCAGAUGUUUGCACUCUACUGAACCUGGACUACAGCGAGCAGCAAGAACACGAAGGUUUGGUUGGUAAAAAAUAUGUUUCUACUGCAAGGAUGCUUGAUAAUGGUACCAAUGUGCCAUCACGUGCUUGCUACUGUCAAGAUGUCGAGUGUCAGCCCAGUGGUGCGCUCAAUGUGUCAUCAUGCAAAUUUGGCGCUCCCGCUUUUAUCAGCUUGCCGCACUUUUAUCUCGCGGACCCGAGUUAUCUCAACGCCGUCGACGGAUUAAAACCCUCGAAAGAUAAACAUGAAUUUUCUAUGCUCAUUGAACCAAAUUUCGGAAUUCCACUCCAAGUUAAAGCUCGCCUGCAACUGAAUUUAUUAAUUCAACCGAUAAAACAUUUGUCAAUAUAUACAAACAUACCGCGUAUUUAUAUGCCUGUGCUGUGGUUCAAACAGGAGGCGAAUUUGACUGAAUCAUAUGGAAAACAAAUUAAAUUUAUUGCUACUCUGCCAUUGUUGGGACACGUGACCUUUUAUGGAAUAGCUUGCAUUGGAUUAUUACUAACAUUCAUCGGAACGGGACUUUUGAUAAAAAGGUUCAGAAAUUCCGACGACAAUCAAAGGCUCAUUCCCAAAACGGAAGUCAAUACUCCGUCAAGUAACGGGUGAUUUUAAAUA